AUGGCUAAUUUGGAUUUUACAGAAUUAGAUAAAUGGAUGACAGAUUUGAAUAAGUUGCAAUCAGAUUUACAUCAAACUCGUGUCAGUGACGACAAGACCUAUCGAAACGCUGUCAAUAAUAACAACAGUCAGCCAAAUAACAAAACAUCAGUACAAUACAGGCAUUCAGCAGAAUUAACAAAUGCAAUACAUCAAAACACAAGGACGGGUUAUUCAACAAACAGGGUAAAUGACAGUAUACAACGAAAUUGUUAUUCACCUAAGACAAAUUUAUCUCAUAUACAACAAGCUCAACACGAUUCCCAUCUGAACAAACCUCAGAGAACAAUAAAUUUCCUCAACUCAACUGGAUCACAUGAUAUUAAUAAUCCUGAAACUAUCACAGAUAUUCGGAAUACAAAAUAUCAGAAACAUGAGCCUGGUAUUCAGUCAAGUAAAGAUAAUAGAAGCUGUUAUACGAUGUCGUGUAAUAAUGGAUCAUGUAUUGGUCGAAAUCUUUUGGAGAAUUCAGUAACUAACAGUAAUGACAUUAACAAUUUUAAUCAUGGAUUAAAAAACUUUAAAAAUAAAGCAGAUUAUCAGACACGGACAACUUCAGGAAAAGAGCAAAAAUCUGUCCAUUGGUCUGAAGAUUUAGAUACUUCAAAUUCAAAUCGAAAACAAUUGGCCAGCGGUAUUACUACAUUGAAUAAUAAUAAUAAAAUUAUUCCAACAAAUGUUGAUAAUGUCAGUGCUACAAUUAUUACUACAACUAAUAAUAAUACUGAUAAUGUAACAAGUAAUAUCAAUAACAAUCAUGUUAAUAGUUAUGAAAGUUGUUAUUCGCAACAUAAAAGACAACAAUCAUCAGAACGUGAUGUGUCCAACUAUAAUGUUACAAAAGCUUAUUCAUGUUCAAAAAAUAUCGAAGAAUUUCUUAGGAGAAGAUCGUUAUCCUCUAAUUCAGCAAAUGCAUCCAAUCAGAUGGUCAGAAGUCAGAGUUUAUAUGCUUACCUUUCUAUGCGUAAUGAAUCAGCAAAUAAUGUGGCUAAAACUAGCGCAAACACAUUUUCAAUAAAACCAGACGAUAGUCAUAAUAUAGUUGACUUACAAGCGAAGCUACCUCUCAAACAACUGGCUGUUACUACUUCUACUACUCUCAAUAAUAAUAGUAAUCACAGACAAAGUGAUAAUUAUUCCGAAUAUUCUAUCGCUCAAAGAUCAGUUUGUUCCUCUGUGUAUGGAGCGGAGAGUGCAAAUUCUCCAAAUUUAUCAACAGAGCUUCAUCUACCUUCUAAUAGAAGAAGUAUGUCACCAAGAUCUCAAAAAUCUUCAAAUCAAUUGGAAACUAACGGAGUUGUAGAUAAACAUCAGUCCAACAAAGUAAAUCUCACUGUACAAAUCUUCCUACCAGAUAGAACUAGUAUCCAUAUCCCAGUUCAUAGUACGACUACUGCAUUACAAGCUUUGCAAAUGUUAACUAGUACCAAUCAAAAACUACUUACAAUGAGACAUGCUUUGGUUGAAAGAAUUCCUGUUUUACACUUAGAACGUUGUCUAGAAGAUGAUGAAUAUUUAUUGAAUUAUUUAUCAAGUUGGAAAAUCGGAAAUGAAAAUUUAAUCUUUCUUGAAGAACGACAUGAUUUAUAUGGUUUAUUUGAAAGUCCAAAGAACUGGUUAGGUGAACAUCAUUCUAUAUUCAAUAUCAAUUCAAACAAAAAUAUUUUUCAUCGAAAUGAAAAUAUCCCAAUACCAGUUUAUACAGAUCAAUUAUUUUUACGUAUUGGACAAACAAAAUGGAAAAGAAGAUAUUGUCAUUUGAAUUCAAAUGGUUUCUAUGUUAGUAAACAAAAAAUAAUAAAUAAAUCACCUUUAACACGUUUGAAUAUAUUUCAACCAAAUUUAUAUUUAUAUAUUACUAUGAGUGAUCAGAAUAAAACUGAAUAUCCUACACCAUUUGGUAUGGUAGUCAGACCUCAUUCAACUCAGCAGGCAGAUUCUCGUUUAAUCAUUGAAAUGUGUGCUAUCAAUGAAGAAUCAUGGAAGAUAUGGUAUUCCCUACUUCGUAUUACUUUGAUUGGAAAACGAUUAUACACAAAUUAUGUAGUUAGGAAAGACACUGUAAAAAUUCACCGUGAGAAUUUUUCUCAUUUAGAUUAUUCAAUAAGAAAUUCUUCCUGUUUUAACUCACUCAAUGAUAGACCUAUAUCUUCAACAGUAUCGGAAUUAGACAAUGAUCAUAUAUUAGGAGAUCUGCAUUCAAUUGGUCCUAAUUAUAAAACUAAUUCAACUGAAAUUGGAUUCCCGCCAAAAUCGGGUAGUUAUAGUGUAACUGAUUUAACUAAACCAAUACAACUUGAUAAUCAUAUGAGUAAUGGACAUCAUCAACAAUCGAAUGGAGCAUCAAGUUUAACAAGUCUUACACUUUAUCCAAUUCAAACAUCAUCACAAAAAUCAAUAAAUCGUCAAAGUCGAUUAGAUAAACAAAAUAUUAAAUCAGUUAAAAAACGUAUUUUUGGUAAUGGACCAUCUGCACGUCGAUGUACACGAUCUAUUAGUCAAAUUAGUUCACCAUUUAAUAUUAGUUUACCAUAUUGGAUACGUGCAAGUUAUGAAGAUAAAGUGAAUGAAACAUUUAAUGAAACAGUAUUAUAA